AGUGUAGGAGUCUGAGAAAGAGACAGAGAGAGAGGAAAAAUGAGAGAGAGAUGCACAUAAAGUGUCUGAGUGGAUAAAGAAAGAGCUAGUGUGGUUGAGAGAGAAGGGGAGAACGUUUAGAUCUGGGCUAUGUGUAUAGCAGUAGAUAGUUAGCAUAACAUAUACAUAGCCUACAUAAUCUGUGAGAGAGAGGUUGUCUAAAGAGCAGUUGGAACGAUCUCUAACUGAGUCCUAAAGUUCGAGCCAUAAACAGCCAUGGAGUUUACCAGACGUUACCUGCCCAUGGAAUGGGAGGAACGGUGGAGGAAAGAGAAGGAAAGGAGGAGAAGGGUGAUUGAGGAAGGAGGAGAAGAGGUAGAAGCGGACGAUCGAAAGCUGAGGUGGAUUGUGGCCUACAACAACAACCGGAUGGGCGUGACGAGGAGAAAGGAGAAAGAGGGAGCAAGGGUCAAGAAGAGGAAUGACAGCACGGCAAGCCAGGGAGAAGAGGAAGAAGAAGAGGAAGUGUCAGAGGAGAGGAGGGAAGGGCUGGGAGAUGAAGAGAAGGUUCGUACAUUCUACAGACAUACCUAUCCUAAAGAGGUAUUCCAGGGUCUGGAGCAGCUCAGGGACUCCUCUCUCCUCACUGACCUGACUCUGAGCACUGAGGCUGGGCAGCAUCUUUAUGCACACUCCCCUGUCCUGGCUGCUGUGAGCACCCUUGUCCACCAGAGACUGCAAGAGAGGGAUGAAGAGAUGGAGAAGAGAAGGGGGAGGAGAGAUGUUGACAUGGACAUAAAGACAGAGAUAUUCAUCAGUCUGGGUCCUGAAGUGGGGCUUGUGGGGCUGGCAGGGGUAGUGGAGUUUGCCUACACUGGGGGCUUAGCAGCUCUGAACAGACACACACUGGCCCAGAUACAGACUGCAGCUACAACACUAGGGGCCCGCAGAGUACUAGAACUCUGCAGUGAAGAGGAGGAGAAAAUGAAGAAGGGAGUAGAGAAGAGGGCAGAAGAGAAGAAUAUCUCUACUGAAGAACAGAUGAAGGUCAGUCUUCAGUCCAUCAGAGAGCUGUGGGCAGAGAGAGUGGGCUGUGAUGUGGAGCUGGAUGUUGGAGGAACAUCAUUCCAUGUCCACAGAGUGCUCCUGGCUGCCAGUAGUGACUACUUCCGGGGAAUGUUUACCAGCGGGAUGAGGGAAUCACAGCAGCCCUGUGUGGCCCUUCCCUUCCUGGAGGCAUCUGAGCUUGAGGCUCUGAUUGGCUGUUCCUACAGCGGGUCCCUCUCCCUCAGCUGGGGGUGUGUCUUUGAGAUCACCUGCACCGCCCUGCAGCUCCAGUUCCAGCCCACCCUCUUGCUGUGCCUCGAUUUCCUGGAACGGGAAAUGGAUGCCCACUCAUGUCUGGAUGUGGCCUCCUUUGCCCUGGCUUAUGGGAUGCCGGGACUCCUCGAGGAGGCCGAGGACUUUGUUCUGAGGAACUUCCAAGAAGUGUCUACCAGCCUGAAAUUCCUGGACCUUCCGGCUGAUAAACUGCUGGAUUUUCUCCUCUCUGACGGCCUCUGCGCGCCCUCAGAGCUGGCCGUGUUCAGGGCUGUGGUGGUCUGGGUAGAGGCCAACCCGGCAGAGAGGCUAGCCCAGGCCCAGGAGCUGAUGACAGGAGUCCGCUUCCAGCUCAUGACCUUUAAGGAGUUCAGAGAGGUCAGGGCAAUCAACCUGCGCAUGGAAUGCAGCAGCGACACAGAGGUGGAUUUGUACGGCUCAGCCCUCAAAGAGUUUGGCUUCAGUCUCCCCGAGACCCUGGACCAGUGCCGGAUCCGACGGCCCAAAGACGCCCUGGUUCUGGUUGGAGGCGACCAGCUGGAUCCUGACUUGGGUAAACGGCUUCCCAGCAGGCAGCUGUGGUUCGCUAACUCCCUCCGCACCGGAACAGGCCUGGUGAAGGCCAUGGACUGGAGGAUUCUGGGAGAGAUACCAGAGAAGCCCAGGUUUAGACACGGGGUGGGGGUGAUGGAGGGGCGUCUGUACGUGAUCGGAGGGUGUGAGUUCUACACAAAGACUGAUACGCUGAAAUCAGUAUACAGGUAUGACCCCAUGCAGGACAGCUGGCAGAGGUUGGCUGACAUGCAGGAGUACAGGAGUAACUUCUCGGUGGUGGUGUGGGGUGAUCGUCUCUACGCCAUCGGAGGAGACAUGGACAUGAAUACCAACCUGGACAGUGUGGAGGACUACAGCCCCGUAUCUGACACCUGGAGCUUUGCCAAGCCUCUGGACCAGGCCCUGAGUGGCCACGCUGCCACAUUGUUGGAUGGAGAGAUCUUCAUCUCAGGGGGGUUCGACUGCAGGUACCAGUGUCUGACGUCCAUGUUCCUGUACCACCCUGAGAGAGGAACUACCUACCUGGCAGAGAUGAGCCAGGAUCGGGCCCAGCACUGUAUGGAGGUCCUGCAUCAUGGUGGUGGUGGUCUCUGCGUGGUUGGAGGGGUGUGUAACCUACAUACAUUCUACACCGACCAGCUGGCCUGUGAGGUCUACGACCCUGUUAGUGACUCCUGGAGUGCCCUCACGCCCCUGGCCAUCCCCCAUGUUGGAGCAGCCUCUGUGGUUCUGGAGGGGAAGAUCUAUGUGCUGGGAGGAUACUGCCAAGAGGACUACAGGGAGACCAGACUGGUUCACCGAUAUGAACCCAUUACCCAACGUUGGGAGAAUAUAGGCAAGAUGCCCGGACCUAACACUGACAUAAGAGCCUGUUUGCUCCGCCUGCCCAAACACUUGAGACAAUGAGAGAGGGAACUUUCGAGGGUGAUAAAGUUCCACAUUACAUUGAAGUUGUUUUUUUAUGAACUGAAAAACACUUAGAAAGAGGCAGGACUACUUUAAUGCUCCACCUGCUUGCCCACUUGAGACAAUAAAACAAUGAGAGAGGGAGGGUCACAUGGUGAGAAAGAGGGCUGGGUUUGCCAUAUAUAAAAUAAAAUAAAUCUGACUAAAACACAGAGAAAGAGCUAUGCUGGCAUUUGUGAAUCUACAAGUGCGAAAAAAACAUAUUGUAUGCCAGAAAUCAUAGCCUAAUUCUUUAUGUCAUUGAUAUAUUGUUUUCAUUGAAAAACGGCCAAUUCCAUUCGUAUUUGGUAUAACCCUACCUUACCUUGGGUGUUUAAUGACAGCACAUUAAAGUCCUGGUUCCAAAGUGCCAUCAUGAAUUUUUAACAUUCUAUGAUGGAUAUCUACUGUCAUUCAGUCAAUUACAAUAAAUAUUUGGAUUAAAACAUGUUCAUACCUGCUCCUACAACCUAAGACAUAAAUUACUGCAAUUUAAGAUCAUCCAUAGGACUUUUUACACUCCUGCCAUAACACAUACAGUAUAAUACACCCAGAAAUGUCACAUCGCUGUUGGAGAUGCACAGAAGAAUACUAUUACUUAUGCUGUGGUCCUGUGACAAACUGACACCACUUUGGGGUCAUGUACUGUAUGUCCUAUUUCCUUGUCACUGGGAAUGUAUAUCCCUCCAUCUCCACGUUUCUGUCUGUUGGGAUAUGUCAAUAUUUGGGAUUCAUCUCAGAGAAAGCUUGUCAAGGUCUGUAUAGCCAUCAAUUGAAAAGCCUCAUAUUCACCAUUAAUAGCAAACUGGAGGACUGAACUAUCUAGCUACAUACUGUGCCAUUGGAUUUUAUAUAUUAUUAAAUUAAAUAAAAAAACGGAAGUGUUUAACGAAAUUUGGUAACCAUAUGUUGAUCACUUUGGGGAUGUGUUUUGUAGUGGGCAUUUUGUUUUGCGAAGUGUUGUUUGUCAGGUGCUGUUUUUUUACUGUUUGUAGAAAACAAAAGAAAAAUGAAUGUAUGUGUGUUGAUAGUAUUACAUAACUUAUGACCUCCUUACAAAGAGUGUUAUUUGUUUCAUGAAAUGAUAUUCAGUACCAGUCAAAAGUUUGGACACACCUACUUAUUCAAGGGUUUUUCUUUAUUUUUGCUAUUUUCUACAUUUUAGAAUAAUAGUGAAGACAUCAAAACUAUGAAAUAACACAUAUGGAAUCAUAUAGUAACCAAAACAAUGUUAAACAAAUCUUAUAUUUGAGAUUCUUCAAAGUAGCCACCCUUUGUCUUGAUGACAGCUUUGCACACUCUUGGCAUUCUCUCAACCAGCUUCAUGAGGUAGUCACAUGGAAUGCAUUUCAAUUAACAGGUGUGCCUUGUUAAACGUUAAUUUGUGGAAUUUCUUUCCUUCUUAAUGUGUUUGAGCCAAUCGGUUGUGUUGUAACAAGGUAGGGGUGGUAUACAGAAGAUAGCCCUAUUUGGUAAAAGACCAAGUCCAUAUUAUGGCAAGAACAGCUCAAACAAGCAAAGAGAAACAACAGUCCAUCAUUACUUUAAGACAUGAAGGUCAGUCAAUGCGGAACAUUUCAAGAACUUUGAAAGUUUCUUCAAGUGCAGUCGCAAAAACCAUCAAGCGCUAUGAUAAAACUGGCUCUCAUCAGGACCGCCAAAGGAAAGGAGUUACCUCUGCUGCAAAGGGUACGUUCAUUAGAAUUAAAGUUAACUGCACCUCAGAUUCCAGUAUCUAUCUGGGUUCACACUUUUCAGUGUAAAAUGAACACACUGCUUGGUAUAAAGACUUAUUUGCAUAUUUCCCAGUGUGCCUUGCCUUUCGAGUGAAGGACUGUGACUGUAUUUGUUAGUGACACUGGACAUUGUUGUUCCAUUCAUCCAGUUUCAGUCCAAAGGCGAGUCCAUUCAUCCAGUUUCUUCACCAAGUGAGAUCCUAAGCGAAUAUGUUGUCAUUAAAAUGUAAUUAUUUAACACAACACUAGUGAUGGUAAAAUUUUAGGCUUUCUUUAUGUUUCAGGGCUUUCACCAAAUUGUGCUGAAUUUUUUAUUUUUCAGCAAAACCGGUGGAGCGUCAAGUCAUUGGCUUCAGUAGCCUAUAAUCAGUUGGCAUACCAGGUUCCCAUCUUACAUCAAGCUUCUCUUUUUUCUGUCCUAUUUUUCAAAGACUGAAUCCAUGGCAUUAUCUAGGAUGCUUAACACAGAAAUGUAUACUAUACUAAAUAAAACAAAUGAUGUUAACAACAGUG